AUGGAUCGUGCUUCAAAAGAGAAGAGUGAAACCUCCAAUGAUAUGGAGAAUAAAAUUUACAAAACAAAAGGAUCCAGUCAUAAAAGUCUUCAAAGUACUAAAAAUAUUGGUUCGAAAUCAUCCCAGAAAUCUGCCUCUUCAUCUCUAAAAUUCAAAAAAGGAGAAAGAAAACAAAAACAUAACAUUUCAAGAGAAGAAAGUGAAACUUCUAAUGAUACAGAAAUUGAAAUCUGCAAGACAGAAAAAUCCAGUCAUAAAAGUAAUCAAAGUACUAAAAAUCUUGGUUCGAAAUUAUCCCAAAAAUCUACCUUUUCAUCUCUAAAAUCCAAAAAGGGAGAGAAAAAACAAAAACAUAGCACUUCAAGAGAAGAAAGUGAAACUUCUAAUGAUACGGAAAAUGAAAUCUGCAAUAUAGAAAAAUCCAGUCAUAAAAGUAUUCAAAGUACUAAAAAUCUUGGUUCGAAAUCAUCCCAGAAAUCUACCUUUUCAUCUCUAAAAUCCAAAAAGGAAGAGAAAAAACAAAAACAUAACACUUCAAGAGAAGAAAGUGAAACUUCUAAUGAUACGGAAAAUGAAAUCGGCAAGAUAGAAGGAUCCAGUCAUAAAAGUACUAAAAAUCUUGGUUCGAAAUCAUCGCAGAAAUCUGCCUUUUCAUCUUUAAAAUCCAUAAAAGGAGAAAGAAAGCAAAAACAUAGCACUUCAAGAGAAGAAAGUAAAACCUCUAUUGAAAUGGAAACUGAAAUAUGCAAGACAGAAGGGUCCAGUCAUAAAAGUCUUCAAAGCACUAAACAUCCUGUUUUGGAAUCACCCCAGAAAUUUGCUUUUUCAUCUUUAAAAUCAAAAGAAACAGAGCAAGAACAACAGGAAUUCAUUUCAAAAGAAGAAACUAAAACAUUCUGUAAGACAGAGUCUUUAAAGAGUAGUGAGCACACAGCACGUUAUGAAGAUAAGGAGCCUAAUAAGCAAUUGUUAAGUUCUAGAGACGAUUAUCGUUGGGAAGAUUUUCCUGGGUUUACACCACUUCAAUGUCAGGCAUUCAAGGCUUGGUUUGAUAGGCAAGUUGUAUCUUAG